AUGAGCGACCACAUCGACGAACACAUUCUCAGCAAGUUCCACAUACUUCAGAAGUUGGGCAAAGGUGCUUAUGGCAUCGUCUGGAAGGUGGUGAACAAGGAGACCCAGGAAGUAGUGGCGCUGAAGAAGAUAUUCGAUGCUUUCAGGAACUCGACGGAUGCACAGAGGACGUACAGGGAAAUUAUGUUCCUGCAUUAUCUGAGGAAAUGUAACAAUAUUGUGGAGAUUAAGGAGGUAUAUGCCGCUAAGAACGAUAGGGAUCUCUACAUAACUUUUGAGUAUGUGGACACGGAUUUGCACGCCGUUAUCCGGAUCAAUAUUUUGGAGGAAGUGCACAAGAAGUACAUUCUGUACCAAAUCAUCAAGGCCAUUCACUUCAUCCACUCAGGAGACCUGCUACACAGGGAUCUUAAGCCAUCAAAUGUCCUGCUCAAUGCAAAAUGUAACAUAAAGCUGGCGGAUUUCGGACUCGCCAGGAGCAUCGCUCAUGAUGAAAUCACCGAUGAGGCCCCAGUCCUGACGGACUACGUCGCCACCAGAUGGUACCGCGCUCCCGAGAUACUGGUGGGCAGCACCAAGUACACCAAGGGUGUCGACAUGUGGGCAAUUGGUUGUAUUCUUGCGGAACUGCUUAUCAACAAGCCGCUCUUUCCCGGGUCCUCCACCAUCAACCAACUCUCUAAGGUAAUCGCGUUCACUGGUAUGCCUAGCGAGGAAGACAUGGAGUCGCUCGGCUCGCCAUUCACCGCGAUGAUGAUGAGCUCACUCACGAAAAUUCCGCAAAGAUCCAUUAAAGAUUACCUCCCCAAUGCGCCUGAUGAUGCCAUAGACCUUGUCAGGAAGCUGUUACAAUUCAACCCAAACAAGCGUAUAUCCACACUUCACGCCCUGAACCAUCCCUACAUCCGGUCAUUCCACAAAUCCAACGACUCUCUGGCUGCGCUACCCAAGGCUGUAAAAAUCCCUGUUUGUGACAACGUCAAGUACGACGUUGCCAACUACCGCAGGCUCAUAUACAGGUACAUCGAAGAGCGGAAGUCCCACCAAAGAGCACACAAGGACGACGCCUCAGCACUUGCGCAUGAGCACAAGCAUGCGCCUCGUUCACCAGAUGCCGUCAAGGAGCCAACAAAUCCAGUCACCACAGACAAGAGUGCCGAUGAGGCUAGACACACCAAGUGCACCGCCAACAAGGAGCGGAAUUCCUACUCAACCCAAGCCCUCGGAAACUUAAUUGCAACUCACAAGAACGCAGCAAAACUGAGACCUGUCGCGGAACAACCAGCUAUGCAAGCGAAUGUUGCCCAGCCGGCUUCAAGGUUGCCCAUACAAUCCUGGCGAGGCUUUUUCCAGAACACGUGCGGAUCGAGCGUCCAAAGGAAUAACACCUACAAUCAACCACAGCUGGUACUGAGGCAGAAACCCCAGCCACAACCUGCACCUGCUCACUACCAAUGCAAAGUCAAGCAUCAGCAGGACUCAGGUUACAGUGGCAUGUACUUCUUCUGA